GUUUCGUUUGAGUUCGCUAGAAGCAGGGGGCUUCAGUUUUUUCAACUGUUGAGCGGGCUGAGGCGUUGAUGUAUGUUAGGUGAGUUUGAGUGACGUCAGUGCGAUAGGAGAGUAGUUGUUUGCUGGAGGUUGGACUUGGUCUGGUGACGGUGAUGCGUGACUGCCGAUCACUGACGUCUCGGGAAGGUUUUAGAGAGAGAGAGAGAGAGAUUUGAAAAUGUCUGGCACGCGCUUGAAGCGUUGAGUUUGAAGCCGUGAGAUCCUUGGUUAAUCAAAGGAGUUGGUGUCUUUAGGUUGCUCUGACCAUCGCACCCACGAUAGAACAGAAGAAUUCAUUGGCACAAUGGCUUCUGAUUCACGCUAUCCAAGAACACCGUCUUCAGUUCCCCAAGUUAGCCACUACAGGGAUGACCUAGACAGCGAAAGGUACAGCAGUGCGGAUUUUACUACCUACACGGUCCAAAUUCCCCCCACGCCAGAUAACCAACCCAUGGAGUUAUCCAAACUGCCCUCCUCCAAGGAGCGGGUCGAGGAUCAGUACACCUCGAGUUCGAUGUUCACCGGCGGUUACAACCUCGCUACGCACGCAAGUUUGAAGGGGAAGGUGAUCGAGUCCGAAACCAGCCACCCGCAGAUGACCGGCGUGAACGGAUCGGAAUGCGCGUUACCCGGGUGCGACGGUAGAGUAAUGAGUGACGAGAGAGGCAAUGAUGUGGUCCCUUGUGAAUGCGGCUUCAGAAUUUGCCGGGAUUGUUACAAGGAGGUGAUGAGGACCGGUGAUGGGAUUUGUCUGGGGUGUAAGGAGCCCUAUGAAGGGAAGAAUGCAGAGGAGUUGAAACUGGAUGGAUCGCAGGCGUUGUCGAAGAUGGAGAGGAGGUUGUCCAUGAUGAAGUCUGCUUCCUUCAACAGGAGUUCCACCAAUGAGUUUGAUCAGAACCAGUGGCUAUUUGAAACCAAGGGGAGUUAUGGGUAUGGAAAUGCUAUGUGGCCAAAGGAUGAUGGGGAUGGAAAUUCUAACGGGUUUGGCGACCCCGCCGAUCUUGAAGACAAGCAAUGGAGGCCGCUUACUCGCAAGUUAUCGGUAUCAGCUGCCAUUCUUAGUCCAUACAGGCUCCUGAUCCUUGCAAGAAUGGCCGUUCUUGGAUUAUUCUUGGCAUGGAGGGUCAGACACUCCAAUGAGGAUGCGAUCUGGUUAUGGGGUAUGUCAGUGGUUUGUGAAAUCUGGUUCGCAUUCUCUUGGCUACUUGACCAGCUUCCGAAGCUCUCUCCCAUCAAUCGCGUUACUGACCUAGAUGUUCUAAAGAGGAAAUUUGAAACACCUAAUCAGAACAACCCCACUGGGAAAUCUGAUCUUCCAGGCAUAGAUAUCUUUGUCUCUACUGCAGACCCAGAAAAAGAGCCUCCACUUGUGACUGCAAAUACCAUUCUAUCCAUUUUGGCAGCCGAUUAUCCGGUCGAGAAGCUUUCCUGCUAUGUUUCUGAUGAUGGGGGAGCACUACUAACAUUUGAAGCCAUGGCCGAAGCUGCUAGUUUUGCCAACUUGUGGGUACCAUUUUGCCGGAAGCAUGACAUAGAGCCAAGAAAUCCCGACUCCUAUUUUAAUCUGAAGAGAGAUCCAUACAAGAACAAAGUUCGGCCAGACUUUGUCAGAGACCGCCGGAGGAUUAAGCGAGAGUACGACGAGUUUAAAGUUCGAGUAAAUGGUCUUGCUGACUCUAUUCGGCGACGUUCGGAGGCUUUUAAUGCUCGAGAGGAGAUCAAGGCUUUGAAGAAACAGAGAGAGAAUGUUAUCGAUGAUGAGGUGGAAAAUGUGAAGAUCCCGAAAGCUACUUGGAUGGCUGAUGGAACCCAUUGGCCUGGCACUUGGACAGUUACUGCGCCUGAACACUCCCGAGGUGAUCAUGCUAGCAUUAUACAGGUGAUGUUGAAGCCUCCAAGUGAUGAACCGCUUAAAGGUACAGAAGCUGAUUCCAGGUUUAUGGAUCUAACUGAAGUAGACAUACGUCUACCACUGUUGGUGUAUGUUUCCCGUGAAAAGCGACCUGGUUAUGACCACAACAAGAAGGCUGGGGCCAUGAAUGCUCUCGUUCGAGCCUCGGCGAUAAUGUCCAAUGGCCCCUUCAUCCUUAACCUUGACUGUGACCACUACAUCUACAACUCUGAAGCACUGAGAGAAGGUAUGUGCUUCAUGAUGGAUCGCAGUGGGGACAGACUUAGCUAUGUUCAGUUUCCUCAGAGGUUUGAAGGCAUUGACCCAUCCGAUCGCUAUGCCAACCACAAUACAGUUUUCUUUGAUGUGAACAUGCUUGCUCUCGAUGGCAUUCAAGGCCCAGUCUAUGUAGGUACUGGAUGUCUAUUUCGCAGGAUUGCACUUUAUGGGUUCGACCCACCUCGGAUGAAAGAACGCAGUAAUUGUUGCAGCCACUUCUUUGCCCAUCGCAAGAAAGCCGCAUCUGUUGCUUCUGCCCCUGAAAUUUCCAAUGGGAACCAUUCUCUUCGAAUGGGGGACCCUGAAGAUGAAGAAAUGACCACUGCACUGAUUCCUAAGAAGUUCGGAAAUUCAUAUAUGCUCAUUGAUUCCAUACCUUUAGCUGAGUUCCAAGGCCGACCCCUUGCCGACCAUCCAUCUGUGAAAAAUGGACGGCCUCCUGGUGCUCUUACUAUGCCUCGACAGCUUCUUGAUGCAUCAACAGUUGCAGAGGCAAUAAGUGCCAUCUCAUGCUGGUAUGAAGAUAAAACCGAGUGGGGCGAACGAGUAGGGUGGAUUUACGGGUCCGUCACAGAGGAUGUUGUGACAGGGUAUAGGAUGCACAAUAGAGGAUGGAGAUCUAUAUACUGCGUGACCAAGAGAGAUGCUUUUCGUGGGACCGCGCCCAUCAAUCUCACCGAUCGGCUCCAUCAAGUCCUGCGGUGGGCAACAGGCUCGGUGGAGAUAUUCUUCUCUCGCAACAAUGCCAUAAUGGCCAGCGGCAGGAUGAAGUUCCUUCAGAGGAUUGCUUACCUCAAUGUGGGAAUCUACCCUUUCACUUCCAUCUUUCUCAUCGUCUACUGCUUUCUCCCGGCGCUCUCUCUAUUCUCUGGGAAGUUCAUUGUGCAAUCGCUCAAUGUGACCUUCCUUACUUACCUGCUUGCAAUCACCGUGACCCUCUGCCUUCUUGCAAUACUUGAGAUAAAAUGGUCCGGUGUCACGCUGGAAGAAUGGUGGAGAAACGAGCAAUUCUGGUUGAUCGGUGGCACAAGCGCGCAUCUUGCUGCUGUGAUGCAGGGGCUACUGAAGGUGAUUGCAGGGAUAGAGAUUUCGUUCACCCUGACGUCAAAAUCGUCUGGCGACGACGAUGAUGACGAGUAUGCGGACCUCUACAUCUUCAAAUGGACGGCUCUGAUGAUACCGCCGAUUACAAUCAUAUUCACCAAUCUGAUUGCGAUCGCCGUGGCCUUUUCCCGAACCAUCUAUAGCACCAACCCAAAGUGGAGCGAACUAAUAGGCGGCGUGUUCUUCAGCGUCUGGGUCUUAACCCACUUAUAUCCUUUCGCGAAAGGACUUAUGGGAAGGCGAGGAAAAACGCCGACUAUAGUGUACGUCUGGUCGGGUCUUCUAGCGAUUACCAUCUCUCUCCUUUGGGUGGCUAUCGAUCCUCCAUCGAACAACUCUGAAAUCGGGGGAUCAUUUCAGUUCCCAUAGCAUCACCGCUCGCGAAGCUUCGGCCAAUAAAACUGACGGUGCAAGCAGGACGACCCAAACCGAAGAUACAAGACGGCACAACUUGGCAUGUAAACAUCAUUGUUUCUUCUUCAGAUGUAGAGCGGUUUAUAGUUUUCCUCGUUUGACUUCUAGCAUUCAUUCUUGCAUUCUUUCAUUACAAAGCUAUAUGGACUCCACAGCGUCUUCAGAUUACCAAAAUAGGCCUCUGUUUUUUCGUGCACAGGCUGGUAUACCAGUGAUACAUACUUCAGCUUCUUGUACAUCGAUUUAGAAAGAAUAACUGAGAUCUUUCUU